GUGAGUUUUAAGGACGCAAACUUUGAUCGUUUCCUUGUCUUCCUCAAAAAGAUUCGCUGCCAUGUUGGAGAAGAAAUGCUCAAAUAAUCGCUCUACGCGUCGUUAUCUACGAGCGUUGCUGGUGUUGGUCGGCCUGUGCGUAGUGGUGGCAGGAGUAGGAUUCUUCUUCAGGGAUACGCCAUUUGUCCGCAACGUUCAGAGGCGCUUCAUGAUGGGAAGUGCAGUAAAAGCCAAACUCCCAAACAAGCAGCACUUUUAUCAACAUGCCGCUGUGGCUGCUGACAAUGCUGAAUGCUCUAAAAUCGGUCGUAACAUUCUAAAGAAAGGAGGUUCUGCUGUUGACUCUGCGAUCGCAGCCAUACUGUGUGUUGGUGUAAUCAACCUGCAUUCCACUGGUAUUGGGGGCGGUGGGUUUAUGAUGGUCUACGACAGUCACAAGCGGUCAGCAGAGAUGAUUGACUUCAGAGAGACCGCGCCUCGACGAGCCGGGGUAGAUUUAUUUAAAGGAGAUCCAAUGAAUGGGAUUCUAGGUGGCUUAGCAGUAGCAGUUCCUGGUGAACUGCGAGGCCUGGAGGCAGCUUGGAAGAAAUACGGCAAGCUACCGUGGGAAGAAUUGUUUAAACCAGCCAUUCGCAUUGCGAAGAAAGGUUUCAUCAUUCCAGAGACAGUAGACAUAGCAAUUGGCAUUUGGAAAAAUCUCCUAAUGAAGGACAAGACAUUCAGACGUGUUUUUGCCAAAAAUGGAAAGCUUCUUCGAAAAGGAGACCUUCUUAAGAGACCGCAAUUGGCUAAGACACUACAACUUAUUGCACGAGCAGGAAGCGCAGAACCAUUCUAUAACGGACCAAUGAGUAAAUCAAUAGUCAAAGAAGUGCGUGCUGCUGGAGGGGUGUUGACCUUGAAAGACCUCAAAAACUACAAAGUUGAGUUUCGCCCUGUGCUAAAAAGCAAGUUGGACGACAUGACGUUACUCAGCACUCCUCCACCAACCGCUGGCCCAGUGUUGGCCCUGACUCUGAAUAUCUUGAAAGGGUAUAAAUUAAAGCAGAGAGAUCUUGAGGAUAACCCAGUGAGAACAUAUCAUCGCAUUAUUGAAGCAUUUAAGUUUGCGUACAAGUAUCGAUCAUUGUUAGCUGACCCUAACUACGAGAAAGACGUCAAUAAGACCGUGAAAGAAAUGAUGAGCACAAAACUAGCCGACGACAUCAGACGCCAAAUCACGGACACCAUGACGCAUUCUCAAGAUUAUUAUGGCUCAAGGUACCAUGUACCCAUCAAAACUGGAACGACAAGCUUGUCAGUGUUGGCUGCAAAUGGAGAUGCAGUCUCACUUACAAGCACCGUAAAUGGAUAUUUUGGAGCCAAGUUUCUCUCAAACAAGCUUGGCUUCGUCUACAACAAUGAAAUGGACGACUUCAGUGCACCGCACGUGACAAAUGAAUUCGGACUUCCGCCAUCUCCUGUCAAUUUCAUCAAACCGGGCAAGAGACCACAGUCCUCAGCCGUGCCCGCGAUAGUACUGGAUAAAAAAGGAAAUGUCUUAAUGACGAUUGGUGCUGCUGGGGGUACCAUCAUUACAACAUCUGUUGCGCAGGCGAUAAUGAACUACUUUUGGUUCAAGAAAAAUCUGCAGACCUCCAUUACAAUGCCGCGAGUACACGACCAGCUCUAUCCUAACUUUGUAUUCGCUGAGACUAGGUUUCCAACAGAGGUCGUCAAUGGCCUCAUUUCCUUGGGACAUAAGGUCAACGUGAGUGAUAUAAGUCACGGUGUGGUCCAGGGAAUUGUGAGAAAUCCCCACAAAUACAAACUAAUUGACAACCGUGGAAAAAGAAAAGGAUAUGUGUACGGCUUGGUACCACAGAUCUACGCAGAAUCUGACUACAGGAAAGGAGGACAGCCCGCUGGAUAUUAAAACAUUAUUUGCCUUCUCACUAAACGACGAUUUGCUAAAGGAUUUAUGAAAUACUCACAAAAAAAUGAGGAGCAUUUUGAACUACAAGGAUCAUUUGAGACGUUACACGUUUGCAAAGUCAACCAAGUUGUAAUAUAUUGGAUAGGUAAUUCUGUAUUGGUCCAAGGAGUAAGACAAAAUGUUAAUCUCCACUUCGAUUUUUGAACCAUGCAUGAGAAACUCUCUGAAAACUCACCUUUUGUAGCUUUCAGAACUUUCAGAGCAAGAAUUUUGAGUCGUUUUUCGCGUAAGUUCAUUUUAUAGUAGAUGACAUAAGUCAAUUUAAGGUUUUGGAAUAGGUACCUACAUAUAGUACAACAAGCCACAACGAAUGUGAAUAAAAACUGCGUUUUCCACCAGUUCAAACUA